CAGCCCUACUCAAUCGUUUUUUUCCACUAGGCCAAUGAAUCUAUUGCUGCCCUGUGUGAGCUUUCGGACUUGGAGAAGAACAUGGCCGACAGCUCAUCGUCCUUACUUCCUGAAAUGCUGACGCCGCCGCCAGAGGAGUUGGCUCCAGCCACGCCUUCAGAAACCCAGAUUUCCAAAGCAGAACCGCCAUCGACCCAAAAGCUUCCAGUGCUUUCCAUCGACUCCUUAACUCCGCCCCCUGAAGCUGAGCCCUCCCUGUCAGACGGCCUAGUCAAAGGCAACAAAGUUUCUCCUGUGCUUGAAAAGAAGCGGAAGAGGAAACCCACGCAGAAGAUCCUGGAGUAUUGCCUGGAGGCCGAGGCGUCCGCCGCCCCGAAGAAGAAGAUUAAAACACUGAAGAUGAAUUCAAAUGCUGGACCUCAGUCAGAUUUUUCUCCGCCAUCUUUAAAAGUGAAACCGCUCUCUGAGCCGCCGCCCUGCACGCCCCUCCCCCCUGUAACCUCUGACCCCCCGGCAACCCCCAGCCCACCUGAGCAGGUGGAGCCGCCCCCAGCAGACGCUUUCCAAUCUGAUGACGGCAGCUUCCAGGAGGAGGCGCUGGAGUCAGAGGAUGACAGGUUUCUGCUGGAGAACCGGUUCCCCCCCAUGAAGGACGACCUGCUGGGCGACGACACGCCUCUACCUGUCAGGAAGAUCAUCGGCGACCGGGGAGGGCCCGCCUCCAUGAAGGAGAACGUCUGCCAGGUGUGUGAGAAGACGGGGGAGCUGCUGCUAUGUGAGGGUCAGUGCUGCGGCGCGUUUCACCUGGCCUGCAUCUCGCUGGCCAAGGCGCCGAAAGGAAAGUUUGUCUGCCCAGAAUGCAAAUCAGGCGUCCACACCUGUUUCGUGUGUAAGAAACGCAGCGAAGACGUUCGCCGCUGCAUGAUCCCCGUCUGCGGGAAGUUUUACCAUGGAGAGUGCAUCGCUAACUACGCCGCGACCGCGCCGGUCAACCGAAGCUUCCGCUGCUCCAUCCACGUCUGCCUCACCUGCUUCAUCGCCAGCCCCGGCAGCUCAUCCGUCUCCAAAGGCCGUCUGGUGCGAUGCGUUCGCUGCCCCGUUGCUUAUCACGCCACCGACCUGUGCAUGGCCGCCGGCAGUGUUGUGCUUUCCAACAACAGCAUCAUCUGCCCCAACCACUUCGCGCCACGUCGCGGCGUCAAGAACCACGAACACGUCAACGUCAGCUGGUGCUUCGUCUGCACCGAAGGAGGAAGCCUGCUGUGCUGUGAAUCGUGUCCCGCCGCAUUUCACAGAGAGUGUCUGAACAUGGAGCUGCCCAAAGGCAGCUGGUUCUGCAACGACUGCAAGGCGGGGAAGAAGCCGCGCUACCAGGACAUCCUGUGGGUGAAGGUCGGCCGCUACAGGUGGUGGCCAGCGGAGGUCAGCCAUCCCAAAACCAUCCCAGAAAACAUCCAGCGCAUGCGGCACGAUGUGGGCGAGUUCCCCGUUCACUUCUUCGGCUCCAACGAUUACCUGUGGACCUACCAGGCCCGCGUCUUCCCCUACAUGGACGUCGACGCAAACAGCAAAGAGAGGAUGGGCAAAGGUGUCGAUGCAACUUACAAGAAAGCGCUGGAGGAGGCGGCUGUGCGAUUUCGUGAGCUUCAGGCAGAAAAGGAGCUUCGGCAGCUUCAGGAGGACAGAAAGAACGACAGGAAGCCGCCGCCGUACAAACACAUUAAGGUGAAUCGUCCGAUUGGGAAGGUUCAGAUCCUGACUGCUGACCUGUCAGAAAUCCCGCGCUGCAACUGCAAGGCGACAGACGAGAGUCCGUGUGGGAACGACUCUGAAUGCAUCAACCGCAUGCUGCUGUACGAGUGCCACCCUCAGGUGUGUCCGGCUGGUGAGCGGUGCCUGAACCAGGCCUUCACCAAGCGCCAGUACAGCCAGGUGCAGAUCUUCCGGACUCUGUCUCGCGGCUGGGGCCUUCGCUGCGUCCAUGACAUCAAGAAGGGUCAGUUUGUGACCGAAUACGUCGGGGAGGUGAUCGGCGAAGACGAGUGCAGGUCGAGGAUCAGACACGCCCAGGAGAACGACAUCUGCAACUUCUACAUGUUAACUCUGGACAAGGACAGAAUCAUCGACGCCGGGCCGAAGGGCAACGAGGCUCGCUUCAUGAACCACAGCUGCCAGCCCAACUGUGAGACGCAGAAGUGGACGGUCAGCGGAGACACGCGGGUGGGACUGUUCGCUCUGGUGGACAUCGCUGCAGGCACAGAGCUCACCUUCAACUACAACCUGGAGUGUCUGGGCAACGGGAAGACGGUUUGUAAAUGCGGCUCCGCAAACUGCAGCGGCUUCCUGGGCGUGAGGCCAAAGAACAACCCUCCAUCCGACGACAAGGGCCGCAAGCUGAGGAGGCGGGGCCAUGGCCGGAAGAAGAAGAAGGCGCUGCCGACCAAAGAGAGGGAGGACGAGUGCUUCAGCUGCGGAGACGGAGGACAGAUGGUGUCCUGCAAGAAGCCAGGAUGUCCCAAAGUCUACCAUGCAGACUGCCUGAACCUCACCAAGAGGCCCGCAGGUCGUUGGGAGUGUCCUUGGCAUCAGUGUGACGUCUGUGGGAAGGAGGCGGCGUCGUUCUGUGAGAUGUGUCCCAGCUCCUUCUGCCCUCAGCACCGUGACGGCCUGCUCUUCAUCUCCAAGCUGGACGGGAAGCUCUGCUGCAGCGAACACGACCCCUGUGGGCCGGAGCCACUGGAGCCGGGGGAGAUCCGGGAGUACCGGCCCGACCCUGGGGCCCUGACCUCUGGGGCCCUGACCUCUGGGGCCCUGACCUCUGGGGCCCUGACCUGUGGGCUGGGAAUGGCCGUCAUCCCUGCCGGCCAUCUCAGCCGGACCAGUGGCGGCGGGAACAUGAAGGAGGCUGGCGGUGGUGGCGGUCCAGAGCCAUUCCCUUCGUUUUCCAUCCCGGUGCCCAUCACCAUCCCGGUUGCCAACGGCAACACCUCGCCGCCUUCUAGCAGCCCACACAGAUUCGACCUGCCGCACUACUCACCCAUCUCCUCGUACGAAGAGGAGCGCGACGUCCUGGAGGAGGAGCUGGCUGAGGAAGAGGAGGAGGAAGAAGAGGAGGAGGAAGUAAUUAGAAAUAAGUGGGACCCCCAGGAGGAAGAUGAUGAAGACGAGGGACUGGAAUACCUGGAGCUCAAAGAUGAAGAUGAAGAUGAUGACAAUGACGAUUGAUACGCAGAAUUAUUUUGAUAACUGCACUGCAAAAACACAAAAUCAGUUGUUUUUUUUGUCCAGAGCAAAUAUCCGAGUUUAUUUGAAAUCAAUCAAAUGUUAUCUGUACAGCAUGUCAGCAGCAGGCUUUUCAAAGAGCUUUACAUCAUAAACACAGAAACAAAGUCAUGCAGCAGAGAAUCAACAAU